GAGGCUCUAUAUGGGCGAUUUCUGAUUGGUGGCUAAAUGCAUUCAGCCGAAAGAUAAUAUCUUCUUAUGAAAACGUCGUGGAGUCUUGUUCUAUGCAUAUUCCAUUAUUUUAAUUCACAUCGAUACACUGUCGGUCUUGUCAUAUGAAUCUUUGUAUUUGAUUCCAGACUUCGCACCUUUUCCUAGAAUAUCUUUACUUCGUCUUCAAACAUUUUCGGCAACUCUGUACGAUCAUAGAUAGAGGUGCAUUCUAGUCCGAAACGAUUUAAAAUGGAGUUCAGUCGCUUUCGACCAACACCACACUUCAUCGCACCCCAUUCUUGGAUGAACGACCCAUGCGGCGCAGUCUACAUACCAGAAACCCGAGAAUAUAUCCUAUGCUACCAAUGGAACCCCGGAACUGCCGAAGGAGGGAACUGUGCUUGGGGUAUGGCAAAAAGCAAAGACCUCGUCACUUGGGAGGAUUGCUCUCCAGCACUCAGAAAUGGACCAACUUACGACCGCUUAGGAGUCUUUUCAGGAUCCAUCGUUUCGAGGGUGAUUGAUGGACAGCGAGUACUUUUCUUGUUCUACACUAGUGUCUCAGCUGUCCCGAUACAUUGGUCGAAAGACUAUAUCGAAGAUUGCGAAUCACAGUCCGUGGCAUUUUCGAAAGACUUUGGAGUGUCGUGGCAUCGAUAUGAACAUAAUCCCUUGAUGAGAAAUCCUCCCAGAGAAUCGAGGACAACAGGAUGGAGAGAUCCUUUUGUAUCACCAUGGAAAGGUCUCUCGGAACUGCUUGGAGUGGAUCCAAAAACAGACUACAUGAUGAUUGCGUCCGGAGUGAAAGGUCACGGGUCAGAGUUGCAUCUGUACCAAUCAAAUAAUCUGCUUGACUGGAAGCCAGUGUCGACAAUUCUCAGUGUCAAAGCGGGGUCUAGAGUAUCAUCAAAGAGCAAUCUGAGAUUCGGCAUGAAUUUUGAAUGUGCGAGCUUCUUCAGUAUUGGGCAAAGACACUACAUCAUUGUUGGCGUUGAGGAGGAUGAAGGUAGCAAGUAUCACAAUGGGCAUUACUUGAUGUGGCUUUCUGGUCAGCUGAUACUGGAGGAUGGUUUACCCAAAUUCGAGAUCACGAGUCAUGGCCUGCUGGAUCAUGGUAUCUCAUACGCUGCUCACAUAUUCCGAGACUCGGAAGGACGACUUAUCCAACUUGGCUGGGCAGAUGAAACCACGAAGCAAAAUAUCAGAAAUAAGCAAGGAUGGGCAGGUUGCUUAGCUCACCCGCGGGAACUGUUCGAGAUAUCGAGGCCAAUUACGGAAGAUGGCAAAGAUCUUGAUAUUUGGGACGUCGAUGAAGAGAAAGGUACAAUGACCACGCUCGGAGUCAGACCUGCGCCUCAACUUACAAACCUUCAACAAAACACCAAACCGACAUCAUCACUUGAGUCGAUAUCGACGAUUCGGUCCAAAAACUACCGGGUCGAGGCGACUUUCAAAGGGCUUUCCGGUCAUGAAAGAUUCAUUUUCAGAGUUCGAGUGUCUAUUUCUGAAGUUACCAAGAUUAUCGUUGACCUAAAGGCGGGCCAAAUCAUUGUUGAUAGGAGCCAAUCCUCCUUCGAAAAACUCGGGACUGACUCUCCAGACUCGGGGUUUUUCACUCUUCUUGCCAGAGAAGAUCUACGAAUUAAUAUUUUCGUAGACAAUUCUAUCAUUGAAGUCUAUGCGAAUGACCGAUUUGCUUUGACGUCAAGAAUUUAUCCUUGUCUCGAGACUUCGAUUGGUGCGUCGUACGAUUUUGGAGGGUUUGAUGAGAGAAAUAUUGAGCUUCUGUGCUGGGAGAAAUUGAAGAGCGUCUGGCCUUUGCGGAAUGAUGGUGAGGGGUCACUGGACAUGAAGUGUACGGAAAAAAAAACAGUAGAUGAGACUUUGAAGGCGAAGCCGAUUGUGAUGGAAGCGGCCAUCUUUGCCUGAGGGCAUGUAGAUUAGAAGUCCAUUACAUAGAUACAUGAG